AGCCAUAGACCCAACAUUUUGCCUUCCUCGUUUACAAAAUGAUAUACCUAACCCUAAUUCCACUUCCUCCCACUCGAUCACUCUCUCUUCCCGCCCCAUCUCUCUCUCUCCUUCGUAUACCUAACCCUGAUUCCACUUCCUCACUCAAUCACAGUCAAUCACUCUUUCUCUUCUUCGAAACGUGAAGAGAGACAUCGACGCCGACAUGGUCACUCAGUACGGUAUCAAGCUCUCCGUUUCUCUCAUCUCCUCCUACUUCGGCAAUCUCGUCGCUAAAGUUUGCGAGUGUCUUCUUCGCAGAGGAACCCUAUCAUGUGCAAACAUUGUUCGAUUCACAGAGCUCAACAAAGUUCAAGUCAGAAACUCUUUGCUUGUUUUAAUCCAACACAAUUGCGUUCAAGCCUUCUCUAUCCAACAAGAAGGUAGCUUUGGAGAGGCACCAAAGGUUGUAACUCAGUACAUGGUGUUGUUUGACAACAUAAUCCACCAUAUGAGGUUUCCUAAGUUUUUGGCUUAUGUGUCUGAAGAACUUGGUAAAGAAUGCGAGGAUAUCCUUGAAGGGUUGCUUCAACAUGGCAGGCUUUCGCUUGAUCAGAUUUUAGAUAGGCAUAAGGAGACAGCCAAUCAAAGUGAAGGGAAUUUUACAGCUCGGGAUGCUUUACAAAACAACUUUAAUAGACUUGUAAAUUCCCGAUAUUUGGAACACUGCCCUGCCCAUGAACCAUUCCUUGCACCUCCAGCUGAGGAAGAAACUGUGGUGAAGAAACAAGGUGCCAAAUCUGCUAAGGUGAUGAAAGAAUCAGAAACUAUAGAGCAACGUGCAUUAGCGGCGGCAGCCCCAAUGGAAGCAUUAAGAUUUGUAGUUGAAACAUAUACUGAGACGGAUUGUUGUGGAGAGGAAAGCGAGGGAAACCCUCUACCUAGUGCAACAGUUGGGGAGAAGCGCAAGCAGAUUGAUUUAGAGCUGGAUACAGAAGCUGGGACUAAGAAGAGAAGGAAAGAAGUACUCUGGCGUGCCAAUUUUGAAGAAUUUGUAAGACGCCUUAGGGAUAAGGCUUGCAUUGGAAAUGUAAGAACACGGCUUGAUGAUGGAGCUGGCAUUGUUCUAAGUGCAAUUUUGAAGUCAACUAGAAGUGCAGAGAAUAAAGUGAAAAUAGAAAAUUCAGUUCCUCUAUCCAUGGAUACUAUUUUUGAAGAGGUGAUGAAGAGCGAAGAAGGUCGUAGCAUGACCUUAGAACAUGCCAGAGCUUCCCUAGCACAAUUGGGUUGUCAUCUCCCUGAGAUAGGGAUAGAUGAAACAUAUAGUAUUGAUUUGAAGAGCAUUAUUGAACUGGCUCAGAAUGAGGAGGUGGAAUCAAUUGUGUUGAAGAGAUAUGGGAGGGAGGCUUAUAGGAUAUUCAGGUUACUCUCAAAGGCUGGUCAUUUAGUUGAGACUGAUAAGAUUUCAAACACCACUUUUGUCGCAAAGAAAGAUACAGCAAAGAUCCUAUAUCAACUGUGGAAAGAUGAUUAUUUGCAUAUGGAGAAAAUAGUCACAUACGGAAGUAAACAGUCACAGUUCUUGUUGUGGAAUGUUAAUAAGCAUACUCUUUGGGAUAAUGUUUUAAAUGAGAUGUACCACACUGCCUUAAAUCUGAGAAUACGAAUCGCUCACGAACAAGAACAAGAAAAAGAGAUACUUCGAAUACCAAGAGAAAAGCUUGUAGGGGAAUUGGCCAAAAGAUACGCGCGCUUGAGAAAGGUCAGGAUUGUUUUAGAAUCAUCCCUGAUGAAGCUUGAUGAUGCUAUCAUGCUCUUCCAUGACUUCUAAAUUGGCAUUAUUGCUGAAGAACCUGUGGAGAAGGAAGUAUUGGUAAUUCAAUAUAAUUGUGUAGUAGGAAUUUGAUAUUUUGAAGUCUCAUGUAUUUUUAUUCUUAGUUCAGUUAUGUUUACAGAUAAGGUUUGUUUGUUCGAAACCUUAGUUAAUAAUUAGAAAGAGAAUUUAUGUUAUUUGACAAGUACAAUUACGCAUGGCUCUUAAUAAUUGGACUUCUUAUUUAA